AUGGAGACUUCCAUAUACAGUGCUUUCACUAAGGCCUUCAUCAACGCGACCACCUCCAUGAACAUCACUAGAGUGGCAAUAGUGGCACCAUUCAACGUCUACUUCAACUCAAAGAAUGUGUAUAGCACACGAGGUAGGGCAGUUGUUCCUACCAUCGACCUUGUUCUGCAAAACAAUAGCGUGGUCUGGAGAAUUUUUGGAGCGAAUUCAAUGGUUAGAAAGAGCAUUUGGGAUUUCAAUUUAUUAACAGCUGGAUCUUCCAAGAACCCUAUAAACCCAAGACUUCCCUCUGCUUUCAGAAAAAGUACUUCAUCUGCGAUCACGGAGAUAAACAUGGGGAUGGCGAAAAGACGUAGGGAUGAGGAUGACGACAAUUACGAAUGGAUGAUCAGAAGAUGCUUUCCAUUCAAUUUUGCGAGGAGGAUCUUCUUUCAUGGAGGAGGCCUGGACAAUUCUGAUGGUCUGACUUGGAUUCGAAGCCACAAGCUGGGCCAAGGAAGCUUUGCGUCUGUAUACUCUGCAAAAUUGAGAUCAAAAUCACCGGUUGUUUUCAUUGAUGAUAAUGGCGGCAGUUGCAUCAUGCCCUCUGAAUUGGCGGUGAAAUCAGCGGAAACCUCCAAAGCGUCAUCCCUCCGCAGCGAAAUGGAGAUUCUUGGUGUUCUGAAUUCCAGUUCGUAUGUGGUGCGCUGUUAUGGGGAUGAAAUCACAAGGUCGGGUGACGGAAAACUUUACUACAAUCUAUUGCUGGAGAAGUGUUGUGGGGGUAGUUUGGGUAGUCGGAUCAGGAAUUCUGGUGGGGUUGGAUUGCCGGAGAAUGAGGUGAGGUGCUAUACUCGGGAUAUAGUUCGAGGACUCUGUUAUAUUCACGGCCAUGGUUAUGUCCACUGCGACAUAAAACCCGAUAAUAUUCUACUAGUGCCGACUUGUUGCAAUGGUUUCAGAGCAAAGAUUGGUGAUUUUGGGUUGGCCAAGGAAGCCUAUUAUGACCCUGCAGAUGAGGAUGAUGAGGGAUGCAGUGGGGUGAGAGGUACUUUCCGAUACAUGUCCCCUGAAUUAUUGACACAUAACAUGCAGUGUUGGCUUUCAGAUAUAUGGGCCCUUGGGUGUGUGGUGAUAGAAAUGAUAACUGGGAAGCUGGUCUGGAGUUGUGAACAAUUUGAAGGGUCCGACAUGAGAGAUCUUCUGAGGCGGAUAGCUUACAGCCCUGAACUCCCAGCAUUUCCAAGUGACAUUUCAGAGCAAGGGAGGCAUUUCUUGGAAAGUUGUCUUCAUAGGGACAUUGACGAGAGGUGGUCAGCCCUUAUGCUAUUGCGGCACCCUUUUCUAUCAGAGGAUGGCCAGAGUCUCCCAUCUCUUUUCCAGAAGCUGAAGCUGCCGCUGCCGCUGCUGCCACCACAAGAAGAGCAGUAUUCUUAG